AUGAGUGGCAGCCUGGCAUGGCUGCUCAUUAUGUUCUUGAGGAAUCUCCUGAGUGUGAUUGGUGGCCAGACACCACCUCAGGGCUUUAGGUAUGCCUCUUAUGAGGUGACCAUUCCAAGGAAACUGAUCUUCAAGUAUGGACAGCAGGAAACCCAGGAUGUCAGCUACCUGCUACAGAUUGAGGGGAAGGGCCAGGUGGUGCGCCUCAGGCGGAAGAGGGGCACCAUCCCUAGAGACUUCCCCAUCUUCACGUACAAUAAGGAAGGGGACCUCCUGAGUGACUAUCAUUAUUACAUCAGGGAUGAUUGUUUCUACAGUGGAUUCAUACAGGACAAGCCUCUCUCUUCAGUCACUCUCAGCACUUGCUCAGGGGGACUCAGGGGCCUGUUACAACUUAACAAUGAGACAUAUCAAAUUGAACCUGUCCAGCCAUCUGCUACCUUUCAGCAUGUGGUGUAUCGGCUGGAAAUAGAGGAGGGUGCCAUGCACAUGAGGUGUGGGUUGACGGAGGAAGAGCAAAGGCGUCAAGAGGCCAUGAUCCAGGACGCAGAGCAUGUGGCUGUCAAAAGUGCUCCAGCAGGACUCUGGUGGCCACACAAGAGACAUGCAGAAGUGGCAUUUGUGGUGGAGCAUGAACGAUAUGUUAAGUUUAAUAAAAAUGAAACUGAUAUUGCUAUGAAACUUCUUGAGGCCAUCCAUGUUAUAAAUUCAUUUUUUGAGCCACUUUUUCUUGACGUGUCUGUAGCAGGACUGGAGAUAUGGACGGAAAAGAACCUCAUAGAUGUUGAUAAAAGUAUGGGAGCCACACUUAAAGCUUUCAGUAUAUGGAGACGUAACACUCUACUUAACCAUCUAAAGAAUGAUGCUGCUCACUUAAUUGUAUACAGGUCGUAUAGAGGUAUUAUUGGAAUAGCAUAUGUAGGACAAAUUUGUAGUGAGCAUUUCGCUACUGGUGUUGUAGCAUCAAAGAAUUUCAAUUUGUUUGAUUUUUCUGUGCUAUUUGCCCAUGAAUUUGGACAUAAUCUUGGUAUGAGCCAUGAUGAAUCAGACUGUACACCUUGUGGCACUGGCAUGAUGUGUAUUAGUAGGGAAUGCAAGAACGUGUCCCUCUUGCAGUAUGAUUGCAAUGCCACAAAGUGCCAUAAUAGGGGAAUAUGCAACAACCACAAACACUGCCAUUGUUCUUAUGGUUGGGCCCCUCCUGACUGUCUAAAGGAAGGAUAUGGGGGCAGCAUUGACAGUGGGCCAAUUUCAAAAAACUGGAAUGGUGUCAGUGUAGGUAGCAUUGUAGGAAGCGUGUUGGUCCUUUCCACGGUGACUGCUGCUGUUGGCAUGGGUGUGUAUUACAGGUUUGUGCUAAGCAACAAGAUUAGAAGAAAGAGUUCAAGAAUCUCUCCAUCAUAA